AUGGCCCUGCGCAGUGGGGCGGGCUGUUUCGGCCGGGUCUGGCGCAGGGUGUCGGGGCUCCCGGACGCCUGGCCCCGGCGCUCGAGCAGCCUCCUGUGCCUGUCCGCCUUCUCGCCCGAGCCCGGGCCCGCGCCGCCCCUGCCCCGCCAGCCGCCUCGCGGUGGCGGCGGCUGUGGCGGCCCCGGCGGAGGGGGGCCCCCCCAGCCUCCCCGCCCCCCGCCUCCCCGCUGCUGCUGCUGCCGCCGCCGCUUACAACUUGGAGGCGGCGGCGGCGGCGGAGGAGGCGGCGGCGGCCGCCGGGCGCUGCAGUGGGACGCGCGCGGCUGCGAGCCUGCGGGACAUGCCCCCCGCGCCGGCUCCUUGCUGGCGGCCAUGAAGAGGCAGAACGUGCGGACUCUGUCCCUCAUCGUCUGCACCUUCACCUACCUGCUGGUGGGCGCCGCCGUCUUCGACGCCCUCGAGUCGGACCACGAGAUGCGCGAGGAGGAAAAGCUCAAGGCGGAGGAGGUCCGGAUCAAGGGCAAGUACAACAUCAGCAGCGAGGACUACCGGCAGCUGGAGCUGGUGAUCCUGCAGGCGGAGCCGCACCGCGCCGGCGUCCAGUGGAGAUUCGCCGGCUCCUUCUACUUUGCCAUCACGGUCAUCACCACCAUAG